GCUUCUCAACAGCAAAAGGGAUGCACAAGCCUUGCUGGACCAUCUGCUGGACCAUCGACACCCCGCGUCGGUUGACAGGACUCUUGACAAUGUCUCAAAACUCUGAUAUUUCAAUGCAGAGACUACUGUUACAUGUGUUGCUGCAACCUUGGCGUGCCGGCGAGGAUAUGGUGCGCAGGGGAAUGAUGAUCCUGGAAUGCGAAAGGCGCAAGGAAGCCCAAAUACUUCAUGCCAGCGGCGCCGAACAUUAUAUAGGUUAACUCGCAUUUCCAUUUAUCCUGGUGUGUGGCCAAGGCUUCUGCGCGAGCUUCUUCCUGCCUACCUUGCCGAAAGCGCACGCUCGCGCGCCCUAACCUCACCAUCCCUGUGGCCACGAUACAUGUUGCGCCUAUUGCUAGUCCUGCUGGCGGUUGCCGGCUUCGCACAGGGCCGCUCGCUCACCCAGGCGAACGCGGAUGGUGGCGACCGGCCCGGCCGCGGCCCACCUCAGCUGCGAGGAACUCUGGUGACCGUGACGGAGGCCGAGGAUGACUGGGCGCUGAUUGAUGAUGCAAGCGGCAAAAUCUCCUGCCCCAAUCUGGAUGCCAGCGGUCAGUGCACGUAUUUCGUGAACCCCACCGACGCCAGUGUCAUUUCCCCGGCGCCGGGCCCCAGCCCCACCGCCAAGACCGAGAGCGUGCUCAUCAUGAUUCUGGACUACUCGGCAUGCGGGAAAGCGGCUGAAACGACUGUUUCCGCCGUCACGCAGCAGUUCUUCAACGCGCCCGCCGGCUCCGUCAGCUAUGCAGACCGGUUCGAGCAGUGCUCCUACAGCAGCCUCAAGCUGGCGCCGCCGGGCACCAACCCAGCCACCAGCUCCCGCGUGGUCCUGCUCAAGCCGAAGCCGUGCCCAAACACCAUCCGGCAGAACACAUGCGACUUCUGGGCGAUGGCUAGCAACGCGGACGCCACCGCUCAAGCGGCCGGCAUCAACCCCAGCGCAUAUGCUCGCAAACUCUACGCACUGCCGAGCUCGCUGAUGAGUAACACCCCGGGCACCGGCUGUUACGGCUGGGCCGCCCGGGCUACCAUCAGCAGCAACAUACAGUGGUACUUCACAUACUCGUACGGCCUCAACCGCUGGGCCACCGUGAUGCAGGAGUACCUCCACAACUACGGCCUGUGGCACUCAUGGCAGAGCGGCGUCGAGUAUGAGGACUACUCCACAACCAUGGGCCGGGGCGACUCCUGCCCCAACGUUGCAGAGACCUCCUUUGUGAAGUGGGCGCGGCCCGCCGUGAGCGUGUUCAGUCCCACGGGCCCCGUGGCGGGUGUGAGCGGACUUGCCCUGAACCAGGCCAGCCUGCUGCCGGGCAAGCCCCUGCUGUUCAACAUGCCCGCCACCUACCUGACCGGCGCUGGCAGCUACAUCCGCGUCACGCCCGACUGGCUGGGCGGAGGCUACAACCUUAACCUGUGCAUGGCCCUCCGUGUGGGCAAGUACGCGGACGCUGGCAUGGGUGCAUCCAAGUACGGCCUGUCCUUCUACAGCCACAAGAUCAACAUUCACGCCGUGGACGCGGCCAUUGACAACGACCAGGUGUUGAACGGCGGCAGCACGACCGCCGACCGCAGGAUCAGCUUCGUCACCGCGCUGCCGCCCGUCACGCGCAGCACGGCGCUGGCCUCCCCCUACAAGCUGGUGGUGGUGGCAGGCUCCUGGACCCGCGCCAACGCCGACGGCUCCUCCGCCUCAGACAUCCUGCGACUGUACGUGUGCCGCUUUGCCGACUCGGAGACAGAGUGCCCCACAUUGGCUGACAUGGAGCCCGCGUCGUGGCCGCCGUCGCCACAGCCGCCGUCGCCACAGCCGCCUGCGAGUCCUCCAGCCCCCUAACGCAGCCGCUCGGCUCCAGUGCCGUUGGACCCGCCGCACAUGAUGGCUGGUGGGCGGCCUCCAUCGGGGCCAUCGGCAAUCAAGCAGUGCCCACUUCGCAGUGAUUUGCAUGGGGCCACGCGCGAGUGUGAUAUCUAUUGUAUCUGAUUUACUUAAGUCGCGUGAUUACGUCAUGCACGCGUUCCUCCAUCGUAUGCACCCCUGCCCGUUGGCAACAGCGGGGGUGUAGUGGUGUGCGCGCUCGUACCAGCCCGUCCUCCAGCAAUUGGAGGAAUGGGCAUCUUUGCCGCUAUUUGCAUCACCAUUCUGCCAAUAGACCGCACCACUAGCAACUCGCGGAACUUCCUGAGUGGCUUGCUGUGUUGCCUUCCUGGUAUUGCCAUGCGGAUUUGUUCACCCGAUCCGCUCUUGCACGCCCCGCACGCCCCACGAUAAUGGGCCCUAGCUUGUACCACUGCCUGAAACAUGGCAUGUUAUGAUUUCUUAGUGUGUGAUAUUUCAUUUCAGUGUGUGCGGAGAUGCCAGGGGUGAAUGAUGGCCAUGAUGCCGUUUGAUAAACUUCCUCUGGUGCAUUUUGUCAUGUUCGAUUUGCCUUUCUCAGUUUGCUGUGUGCAUUGCUGAAUGCGCACCAGCCUGACGGCUCAAGAUCGAUCGAUGUGAGACCCCUUGCUGGCCACGGUGUGCCGCUGUAAGGGUCUGGAUUC